UUAUUAUUUUAUUAGUAUUAAUAUAUAUUUAAAAUAUGAUAUAACUGAUGUAUAACUAUAUAUAUAUAAGUUUAGUAAUUUUCUAUCAAAGUUGACAAAUAUCGGGACAAAAUGGUUGCCAUUGACGUAAGAAAAUAGCAAAAUGGGGGAAUUGCAGAAGAAUAAUACUUCCGUUAAUAUUCUUCGUGACUUGUGUAGUUUUUUCUCCCACUUAACUUAUCUUAUUUUAUAUAACUUAUCUUAUUUUACUUGCAUAUUUUGAUAUAUUUAAAUAAUUAAAAAUAUUUAAUUAUUCAUUUAUAAUAACUAUUAAUUGUGAUUUGUUAUAUAUAAUAAUUUAUUAAUUUGAUUACUUUUUAUAAUAUGAUUAUUAUUUUAUUAGUAUUAAUAUAUAUUUAAAAUAUGAUAUAACUGAUGUAUAACUAUAUAUAUAUAUAUAAGUUUAGUAAUUUUCUAUCAAAGUUAACAAAUAUCGGGACAAAAUGGUUGCCAUUGACGUAAGAAAGUAGCAAAAUAGGGGAAUUGCAGAAGAAUAAUACUUCCGUUUUUAAUAUUCUUCGUGACUUGUGUAGUUUUUUCUCCCACUUAACGGGACAUCGUUUCCCCCACUCUUUAUUACUUUUGCCUCGCAACUGAAAAGCUGUAUUUCAGUCAAGCUUUAGUUGAAGCUUAUAUUCGCUAAACACGACGCUUUUAUAGCGUAAGAGCUUUUAUAGCCUUUAUAAAUAAUAUCAAAACUUGAUAUAAUCUUGGAAUAAUAUAUAUUAAAUGUGAAUCAGUAUAUAUUAAAUGUGAAUCAGUAUAUAUUAAAUGUGAAAAACAUUUAAUAAAAAACAUUUAUUAUAUAUAUUUUAUAUAUAUUUAUUAUAUUUUUUAUAUAAUGGGUCGAAGAAAAAGUAAAAGAAAGCCCCCAAGUAAAAAAAAAGCAAUUCAACCAUUAGACACACAAUUUAAUUGUCCAUUUUGUAAUCAUGAAAAAUCAUGUGAGGUUAAGAUGGAUAAAUCAAGAAAUACUGCAAGAAUUACAUGUAGAGUUUGUUUAGAAGAUUUUCAAACAACAAUCAAUCUACUUUCAGAACCUUUAGAUGUAUACAAUGAUUGGAUUGAUGCAUGUGAAAGUGCAAAUUGAAAAUUAUUUCGAUGUUUAAUUCAAAUUUAUUAUCGAUAAUCAAAUUAUUAUUGAUAGAUUUAUUUAUUUCUUCCUUUUACUAAAUUGUAAACAUUUUAUAACACAAUGAAUAUUAAAUUGUACACAACGCAUAAGUAAGAUACUUUGCUAUAUACUUAUAUAUUAAUGAAAAGAUAUCUAUAAUUCUGUAAAUUUAAUAUUUUAUUAGUUUAAAAUAAUACAACUUUAUAUAUGUCUUAUUACAGUAUAGUAUAUACAGUAAGUUACUAAUUUUAAUUAUAUGAUAUUCAUAUAAUUAUAUAUGUUAGUUUUUUAUAUUAUUCAUAUUAUAAAAAUAACAAAAGUAAUAAAUGUAAUUGUAAUAACCUAUGUAUGUAAAAAGGAAAUAUGUAAUAUUUUUUAGUAAAUGUUUUUAUCAUACAUAAAUUAUGUUAUAAAAUAAUAAUAAAUAAAAAAUUUUUAUUAUAA